AUGACGACGAGCGCUGAGGACGACGACGAGAUCGUGGCGCGGAUCCCCGUGGUCCUCGGCCCGGUGCGCGAGGGCGCCUCCAGCUGCCUGCUCCAGUACCCGCUCCGCCCGCGCUGGCGGCCGUACGACUUUGCUCAGCUCUCGGGCGCGAGGAUCCGGCCAAAGCAGCACCAGAUCGAGAUGGACCUGCGGAUCCCUGCGUACGACGGCGAGGAGGGCGAGCCGCCGCCCACCUGCCAGCUCACCUCCACCGUCGCCGCCCACAAGACGGCUUACGCAAUGGGCCUGCUGCACGUCGGCGCCGGCGCCACCGGCACUGCGGGCUGCGCCGACGCGCUGGACGGCCUCGAGGCGUCGCUGCACCUGGCGCCGCUCGACGCGGUCGCGCAGAUGCGGCCCACCUUCUCGCAGCCGCUCGAGGGCGCCGCGGACGGCGCCGACGCGGCGGCGAAUCCGGCGGGCGGCGGCGGCAGGGAGGAGGGCGGCGGAGCGGAGGGCGGCGGCGGCGGCGGCGGCGGGUCGGAGGAGUCGGUGAUGCCCGUCUUUAAGCGCGCGGAGACGGAGAAGGAGGAGGAGGCGCGGCGCUCCUCGCACGCGUACUGGCUGGCGCAGCGCGAGGCGGAGCCGUGGCGAGAGCUGCGGAUGCACGGCGGGGGCGACGCGGCGACGGUGGAGGUGCGCAGGCAGAUGUUUGGGCUGCCCUCGUGA